GAGAUAAGAGGUUUAUGUCAGGUCUCCUCUCAGACUGAAUCGCAGUGUCAAGAGAGCCGCACCUUGCUCCCUACGCUGGUUCUGACACUUCCACCACACCAACUGCUGCUUUUCCAGCAUCUGUUUGGGGCACCACAAAUUAAAGCAAACCGCUAAUCGGAUUGGCUGAGUGGACGGAGGUGACACAGAUGAUGAAUGAGGAUCUGGUGAAUGACCUCAUCCAGCGAUGGAGAAUUACUCCAGAGGAUGAUCUGAAACCAGAGGACUACCAGCAGUUCAAGGAUUUGGGAUGUGCCUGUCUCACUCAGGGAGGCAUUCAAGACUUUCUGACAUUCCUUCAAGAUGAGAAAAACCAGAGUAUGGUGAAGUCCAUGGGCUGUCUUCUCUUGAGCCCUCUCAUGAAGGAAGCACUGAAAAAGGACAAGAGUCCUGACCACCUCAGUGUAUCCAUCACACAUGUAACCACGACCUGCAGGCCCCAUGAAGUCCUGCAGAACUUGCUGGCAGUCAUCAAAGAUACUGAUGCAGAUGCCAUUUCAGAGACACUGGUGGCAACUGUCCCCUAUCUUCAGACAGGGUUACUCAGGCUGGAGGCAGGUCGAGCAUCCUCUUUAGGCUUGAUUCUGUCCGUUCUGCACAAGCAGCUGUCUCGGCUGCCGGUGCCAUACACUGCGCAGCAGGAGGCAGAUGAUGAGUUUGGCGUGUGCCGCUGUUGCGCCGCCUUGACGUCAUUCACUAAACCGUUCCUGCAGGAGGUGAGGAGCAAUGAUGGAAAUCACCAAGAGAUGAAGCUGGAGCUGCUCAACUUCUGCAUGAGAAGCCUCAGAGAACCUUUGCUUGAAGCAGAACUGACUCCACAGAGAAACUCCCCCUUGUGGCUCUUUGCAUCACACAUCAUGGUCACUUUAGUUACAAUCCAUCAGUCCAUCACAGAGCUCCUCUUCUUCAGCACAGUGAAACAAAACAUCAAGAUGGACAAAAAUCAGUUAGCAGAGUCAAAAGGCUGUCUGGCGUAUCUCCUGUUUGUCAGGCUCCUGGCUAUAGAAUGCAUCCCGACAGUGCUCAGCCCAGAAUUUAUUCUUCAGUGCAAUGUGGAAUACAUCCAUCAACUCCUCAGCAGUAAAAAGGAGUCCCAUUUGCUCAAAGGAAUGGCACUGUUUGAAAGAAGCUUGGAGAGAGUGCAAGACAACAGCCUGUCAGGGAGUCUGCUGGAAGUGAAGAGCUUCCACGACGUGAAGCAGAGCCUGCUGCAAGUUCUGACUGACUGUCCCAUGCAACAUCUGAGAGAAAGUGGCCUGAAGGUUUUACAACUUCUCAUCAACAAACUCGAAAUUGAAGCAAAGUACAAGUUGUUCAGAUGUCUGUUAAAGACCAGCAAUCAUCCAGGAGUGGAAGGUUACAUUGUGAAGAACAUUCGAAAUCAAGUAGAAUCCUCCCUGAAGCCGGGCAACUCCACAGUAUGGUUCCUGGGGGUGGAGCUUCUCUCACUGUUGGGGCUGGUGUUGAAUUUACCCCAGGGUGCACAAACUGAUCUGCUUCACAACAUGGACAAGAUAAUGGAGAGUCUGAACCUCCUGCGCUACCUUCUUAUCAGAGACAAACCACUGAGCAGCAAUGCAGACGUGUGGGAACAACUCAGCAGGAUGAGAGAAGAGUACACAAAAAUGCUACGCGUGUGUAUCAGUAUGUCAAGAGCUUAUUAUAUGGCAGAGCUGAAGGCGCUGAGAGAUGAUCAUAAGCAAAAAGUGAGAGAGGCCAGAGCGUCGACUGGCAAAUCCCUUCAAAGCAUGACAAUAAAAAGUGAGAAUUUAUCGAAGAUGACCCCAGAAGUGAAGCACCAGGUGCUACAGAGUGCUCUAGUGACCUUCGACCUGAUGGAGAGCCUCAUUGUGCGCAUUGAGGAGAUAACGGAGGAAACAUCCCAACAAGCUAAACAUUUAUUUGUGUGACUAAGUAAACAAUUAACUCCACAAGUGUAAAUGUUUGUGUCAAAAAAAAAACCAACCCCAAACACAGCAACAAGUUCAAGACUCAACACAAGACCUUACAUGAGGUUUCUUAGCAUCUCCCACACAGAACUUCUUUCAAGGAUGUGAGCCCUAGCCAGAGCCAUACGGUCCCGUAUACGGUCGACAUGAGGCUUGCUUGUGGCCUAUGGAUUAAGGUGCAUUGGCUCACUUAAAAAUACUAAAUUAACAAUAAAAAGUAUGCAAGUUAAAUACAAGUAUGAUGGACAUUUUCUGUACUUUUUCGUCAAAUAGUGCAUACU